UUAAAAAAAUCGAAAACUAUUAUAUUAUUUUAUCCCAAUUUCCUGAGGUAACAGAUCUCACUACUCAAAACCCUAAAAUUUUCAAUCUGUUGCCUAUUAUUAUUGUUACAUUUUGAUCCCAAUUUACUUUCUUUGUUGUGGGUUUUCCUUCCAACACAGGGAGAAGUAAAAAAGAGAAUGCUUGGUGGGUUGUACGGAGACCUCCCUCCGCCGUCCGAUGAGGAUAACAAACCCAGCAGUAACUCGACGGUAUGGUCAAGCAGUACCAAAAUGGCUCCUCCUACCCUCCGCAAGCCUUUCUCGGGGUUUGCUCCGCCGCAGACAAUCCUCAGAUCCCAAAACAAACCCAAAAACGCAAUUCCCAAAACCACCCCUUCUGUCUCCGCCUCACCCUCCCCCGCGAUGGUUGCACCCGACGACAUGGCGCAACAGCAGCCCGCACUGGUAGCCGUCACUUCCACUGUGAUCGAAGAGUAUGACCCAGCCAGGCCAAAUGACUACGAGGACUACCGGAGGGAGAGGAAGAGGAAGGCUAUGGAGGAGGAGAUGAGGAGGGAAUUGGAGAGAAGGAGGAGAGAAGAGGAGGAGAGGGAGAAGGAGAGGGAGAAGGACAGGGAGAGAGAAGAGAGGGAAAGAGAAAGAGAAAGAGAAAGGGAAAGAGAUUAUAAUGAUUCAAGGUUGAAUAUUUCAGGCGAGGAGGCGUGGAAAAGACGUGCAGCAAUGAGUGGUGGAGUGCCAAGGUCCCCAUCUCCGCCGGCUAAAGCCGAGGGCUUCAGUAUUGGGAAAUCGGAGACAAGUGGACUGGGCGUUGGGGCAGGUGGGCAGAUGACUGCUGCCCAAAGGAUGAUGGCAAAAAUGGGGUGGAAGGAAGGGCAGGGUCUUGGAAAGCAGGAGCAGGGGAUUACUACUCCAUUGAUGGCAAAGAAGACCGACAAGAGAGCUGGCGUGAUUGUGAAUGCCAGUGAGACUAGUAAGCCUGAGAAGAAAGUCAAGAGUGUCAGUUUCAAUGGACCCCCUACUCGCGUUUUGCUGCUCAGGAACAUGGUUGGUCCAGGUGAGGUAGAUGAUGAAUUAGAAGACGAGGUUGGAUCUGAGUGUGCCAAAUAUGGAACCGUUACCCGAGUUCUGAUAUUUGAGAUAACAGAGCCAAAUUUCCCAGCUGAUGAGGCCGUCAGAAUCUUUAUUCAGUUUGAGAGGCCGGAGGAAACAACUAAAGCAUUAAUCGACCUCGAUGGUCGGUUUUUUGGGGGGAGGGUUGUUAAAGCCUCAUUUUAUGAUGAGGAGAGGUUUAGCAAGAAUGAGCUGGCUCCAAUGCCGGGGGAAAUUCCUGGUUUUUCUUGAUGCUAUAGAAAUUCCUGGCUUCAAUUAAGUGCAUUGAUAGACAGGGCUGUGAUUUAAGAAGCUAACUUUGUACAAAUUUUUAGUGAAACUUAGAAAGGUUAGCCAAGGUGCCUUUCAAUUGCCAAUGGCCAGUUCAUAUGAUAUGAUGUGGGACUUGAGUUUUACCUAAGGCCAUUUAUUAGUAAUGGCAAACAGAUCUUUGGCUCAAGUGACAAAGCAAGUGUGCUCUUCUUUUUUUUCUUUUUUCUUGUCAAUUGAGUUUAAAUCUGUGGGGAGGUUACGGAAAGAUAAUUUUUCAUGAAUUUGUUGUUCUGACGUAAAUAAAUCUGCUUGAAUUCGUUCAGAGAGUGAAUGUAUUGGACAAAAUUCUGAAACCCGGCGCGGUUUAUUUUUACGGUUUAUUUUUACUUGC